GGCAAGUUGGGAUGUUAAACUCAAAUAAUACAAUAAAAAAUAAUAUUUAUAAUAUUUCACAUAAUGGGAAUUUCUAAGAAAGAAGCUUAUGAAGUCUUAGGACUUUCUUCAGGAGGCAAUGUUAUCUUUAUUUCAACAAGCUUUUUUGGUGAUAAUGGUUACGAAAUGGAUGAUAGUGUUGAAGAUACUUGGGAUGAUGAUUCAUCAGUUGAAAGUGAAAUUGAAGCAGUCUCCCAUGAUUUAGGCCAUGCAAUUAGACUAGAAAAUAACGAAAAAAUAACAGCAACCAUGAUGAAAACUCAUGUUAAGGAUGCUUAUAAAAUUGCCGAAGAUUUAAUAGCGGAAGAAGAAAAAGAUAGGAGAAAAGCUGAGAAAAGACGAGCAAAAAAAAGGUACAGAGAAUGUAAAGUGUCAAUAACAUUCUUUUAUUACUUUCUUUUUUGUAUAUUGCUCCAGCGACGAAACGCAAAGAAGAAAUUAGAAAAAGAAUUAGCUCAAAAAUCUGAAACUAAUAAUCAAUACGGUGAAGAUAUAAAAAAUAAAGAUGAUAAAAGGAAUUAUGAAUCUUCAUCUUCAGAAAAUGAAGAAGAGGACUUAGAUCCCAACAGUGCUUUUGUUGCUAUAGCAGCAAGUAAAAAUAGAAAAGCAAAUAAUUCAACACAGAAUAAAAUCAAAAAUAAAGAGCGGCCAAAGCCCCAAACAGGUGUUGAUGAAGAAAAACAAAACGUAACUGAAAUUGACCCUGUUGUUCUUCAGAGUAGACAGCUAGCGAUUAGGGGAAAUGAAAUGGCGAGUUUAGGACGGUAUCAAGAAGCAAUACAAUUAUUUACUAAAGCAACGAAACUAGACCCCAGGGAUUAUAGGUUCUUUGGGAAUCGAUCUUAUUGUUUCGACAGAUUAGGAGAUUAUAAAAAGGCGUUAAGCGAUGCCGAAGUUGCCAUAUCAUUAUCACCUCAGUGGCCAAAAGGUUAUUUCAGGAAAGGUCGAGCUUUAAGUGGUUUAAAGAAAUACGUAGAGGCUGAAGAAGCGUUCGAGAAAGUUCUCAAGUUAGACAAAGAUUGUAGUGAUGCGGUUGAAGAACUGCAGAAAGUUAGAUCAGUACAAAUAAUAGAAAUGGGGUUUACGGAGGCCCAGGCAGAUUCAGCUAUUUCUCAUUAUGGAACGGUUCAGUCAGCUCUUGAGGCUCUCUUGUCUCAGAGCGGCGGUUGUAUUAAUGCAGCCACGGGUGGAGUAGACCAUGAAUACGAAGAUUUAGUUCUCACCACUUCUAAGCCUGUCACCAAUCAGACGGCUGAUGAGAAAAUGGAUCCAGGAAAUCCAAAUGGUUUUACAUCUUUAUGGGUCGGUAACGUUCAGAAAGAAGUUACGGACAAGAUGUUGCUUAGUUUCUUUUCAAAAUACGGAACAGUGUCAAGUAUACGGAUUCUACCUGAGAGAUAUUGCGCGUUUAUUAACUACCGAGACAAACAAUCAGCUGGAAAGGCCAUGCAGUUUUUACAAGGAAAAGAACUCUGUGGGCAGUAUCUUCUAAUUCGAUUUCCCGAUAAUCCUGUUACUAUGGGACAGCCAGGUGUCACCGUUUUGAAAAAAAGUAGAACAGGGAGCAAGCCAGACACCAAAAGGAAAGUGACGGGACCCGUACAAGAUGGUGAAUGCUAUUUCUGGAGAACAACGGGCUGCGUCUUUGGAAGCCGCUGUAUUCAUAAGCACAUCAAGGAGCACGAGGGAGUUGAUAAAAAACCUUGGCAGGCUUAACAAGGGGCCAUCCACAUAAAGUAAACAUGACCAUAUAUAUAUAUAUAUAUGUAUAGUAAUGUAUAAUUCCAUUAUUAAAAAAAAAUCAAUUAGUUAAAUAAAAAAUUAAUAAGCAAGUGUUUGCUGUUAUAACUAAAACAAAAUAGAGAGAGAGAGAGACUUUGCAAUGUGUAGUUGUAGGUGUGUGGAACAAAUGACAUCUAUUGAUGGAAGAAAAUAAAUUAAAAAAUAAAAUUUCUAUGAUUCCAUUAUAAGUAUAUUUUCAGAAAGAAAACACUCAUUUAUUAAUAAAAAAAAAAUUUAAACGGCUUUGUAAAACAAGUUUUAUAUGCAAACCGCGAAAGUUAUAAUACAUCCUGAUAGAGAUUUGGGUAUGGAACUAGCAAUAUGUUUACCUGUCUGUUUACUAGAGAAACUUGCGUCUCGAACAACAUACGAGGAGGCUGUUAUCUACGUUUCGAUCUUUGAAAUGUAAAUUGACACAUAGAAAUAUGUUGUGAAGGUCUUUACGCAAACAAACGUGCAGUUAUUAGAGUUAGUUUUGUUAUAUUGAGAAUAUGGUGAAUGAUUGGGAAUUGUAGAACGGGAUGAAUAAAGACGUACACUUAAAGCUGCCAAUUAAUUUUAUCGUUAAAAAAGAAGACAUUUCAAGUUCAUGUUGGUUUUUUUUAGCUUAUUAAGAGCUGAGGUAAGUGCCGUUCGUCCUAUUAACGUUUCUUAGAAACGGGAAGUUCCUUAAAGACCAAUAUACCCCCCCAACCCCAGAAAUCGUUUUAUCCCCAGCCCCCUUUUUUUUUUUUGUCUUUCUGUCUCAUCCCAUGGGAUUUCUGGAUGGGGCCCAGAGAGCCUCAAAAUAACUUGACUUUGAAAUAAUUUGUGGAUCACUGUGAUUGAAUGCAUCCAUCAUGAUAAUAAUUGCUCAAGUAUAAUUUUUUGCUUUUAUAUUGUUUAAUCACCUGUCUUUGACUCGAUUAUUGUUGUUGUUUGAUCUACACAAAAGUACGGAUUAUAACUUGUAGUAGAAAAUAAGUAGGAUGACGUAUUAUUAUUAUUUGUUAAAAUCUCCUCUGAUCGGUUAGGAUGCCUCGCAUUAAAACGUGUAAAGAUGCCAGAACCUAAGUUAUUAUUUUUAUGUUACUCCUUCGAGUUACUUUAUAAAGAUGUGUACAAAAUAAAAAGGAAAAAUUUAGUAUAAUGUACAAUAGAAGCUUGAUGUAUUUUUUUUCGAUGACAAGCCAGGCAUUAUAAAUUACAAUAGUAAGAUCCAUCCGGGUAACUAGAAUGUUCAGAAAAUUGUAUAUGCACAAUUAUAAGUACUGCCAUAGUUUUAUUAAGUUGUUUUUAAUGUAAUAUGUUUGCUUUUUUAGUGAGUAUCUGUGAUUUAAUUUGUGUUCUAUUAUGUCAGGUGAUUAAAUUGAUCUGUAAUAAUUUUAUGUACAUGUUCUGUAAAAAAAAAAUGUCAUUUGAUAGUUUUUAAGUAAACCUCAUGAUGAUAAAAAAAAAAUGGAGAACACAGAUACAUAAACUGUAUUCUCAUGCUCUUCUUUCAAAAUUGUAAAUGUAUUUCAACUAAUAAUGGUUACAUGUUUAAAGACAAUUUAUUGACCUUGUGGUCAGAACGUAGCAUAUGUGGAAUUUAUACUGUAAAGGUCCAAUAAAUCGUGUUGAACAGUAAUACUUACUCUAGUGGUUGUGCGAAGAUGUAUUACCGAUAUUUUAACCUGUUAAAAUGUUUUGGAUAUUUGAGUGACUUGACUAAAACCUAAUGUUUCCUCUAUACUAAAUAAAAUUUAUGUUGCUCCAGUACAAAAUUUAGGCAAUAUGUUUUUUAUUUCAAAUGGUUACUAAAGAAUUUUUUGACACUAUCUUGUUCUGUGUAAUUCAACACGUUUCCCAUUUAAUAUUAUUUUUUUUUGUAGGUGGGCAAGGAGGUUUUUGUAAAAUUUAAUUAUUCCAUUUUUACAGAAGUUAGUGAAUUUAUCUGUGUAAUCUUCACUCUUAUGUCUUCCCUCUUCAUAAGAUGUAUUUGAUUAUGAAGACUAAAGAUCGAUAAAACAAACCAAUAUGCUUAAAACUGUUUAUGGUAAUCUUGGAAUUUCAAGUGUUGUAAAAUAAUAGAAGUUUAUUGCAUGUAUUUUGUAUUCAUAAUACUUAGAUUAACGAAGAGACAGACACAAAGUGUUGUUUAUUUGAAGCAUUAUGGGAAAUAUCUUUAAGAUACUAUCUUGUUUUUGAACACUUUCUUAUGGAAACACCAUCUUUGUUAAACAUCAGGACCUAGAGUCAGGGACCGUCAGUUAAUUAAAUACAUCAGUUACUUAAGCAUUGGAGGUUUUCAUACUUAUUUACAGCAAGAACGUGUAAUUUUUUACGGAAAUGGUAAAAACUUGGUUAUGUACACUUAUGUAGUUGUGAAGUGUUAGGUGUUGCCAAUCCAGCCCCAAACACUGUAGUGAUGCUAAUGUAGUGGACUGACAAUGGUAAAUAAUUUCAAAAUAUUUAGCAUUUCAUUCAGUUUUCUUUGUUAUAAAAAUAUUCUUAUAAUUUUGAACUGU